AUGGCCGGCGCUGGAAUGCACCACUAUCAUCAGCCGUGGCCGCCGGCCGUCGCACCUCCUCCGGUAUCGGCCGCAGCUCCACCGCCGCCGCCUCCCCAUGCCCUCCCGUCUCCCAUCCCCAUGGACAGUCCCGCCGCUCGCGCUCACCCGGACGAGGUGCGGACGAUAUUUAUUUCUGGUUUGCCGGAGGAUGUUAAAGAGAGGGAGCUGCAGAAUCUGCUGAGGUGGCUGCAGGGAUACGAGGCGUCGCAGGUGAACUUCAAAGGCGAGCAUCCGAUGGGCUUUGCCCUUUUCGCCACUGCACAGCUUGCUAUGAAUGCUAGGGAUGCACUUCAGGGCAUGGUGUUUGAUGCGGACUCGAAGUCUGUCUUGCACAGUGAGAUGGCGAAGAAGAAUCUGUUUGUCAAAAGGGGGAUUGUUGCUGAUACAAAUGCUUAUGAUCAGAGUAAGCGACUUCGAACAGGAGGUGAUUAUACACACACUGCUUAUUCAACAUCUCCUUUCCAUCCUCCCCCACCACAUUUUUGGGGACCACACGGGUAUAUGUCCCCUGCUCCUCCCCCUUAUGAUCCAUAUGGUGGUUACGCGGUUCCUCCUGUUCCAAUGCCUGCUCCAGCUCCAGUGCCAGCACCGAGCAGUUAUGUUCCUGUUCAGAAUACCAAAGAUAACCCUCCAUGCAAUACCCUUUUCAUUGGCAAUCUUGGUGAGAAUAUUAAUGAAGAAGAGCUGCGUGGCCUUUUCAGUGCCCAACCUGGAUUUAAGCAGAUGAAAGCAUUAAGACAAGAUCGACACACCGUUUGCUUUAUUGAAUUCGAAGAUGUGAACAGUGCCACUAAUGUGCAUCGCAGUUUACAGGGUGCCGUUAUACCUAGUUCCGGUUCUGUUGGCAUGCGCAUUCAAUAUCCUUUAUUCCUUCUAUUAUUUUUACAUUGUCUCUGUGGUGUUCAUAAUUUAAUUUGGGGCCCAUCGUACAUUUUCUAA